AAUGCGUAUAAAAGCGACAGACGAUUCUCAGUUGUUACAACUUCUCGCCUGCCGGGAUCAGACACACAGGAACCAUGAAGCUUCUGGUAUUUUUCAUCAUCAUGGUGUCCACGAUGGCUCUGGCCACGGAAGAAAAGGAGAAGAACGAAUCCUUAGUGGAGGAACAGAAGAAGGAUGGAAAAACGGAGAAACGAGGAGUCUUCAAUUUCGGGUACGGUCUUGGCCACGGCUGGGCCUUUGAUCAGGGUCACGGUCUGUCCCUUGGGAGCUUCGGCGGCUUCGACCACUUUGGAGGGGAAGGAGGAGGCUUCGAACACCUGAGCCUGCCCGAACACCACGAACAGAAGCACGAGGCAGAAAUCAAGGCCAUCACCAUCACGAAGGAGGUGAAGAUCCCGGUGCCUCAGCCCUACCCAGUACACGUCGAGAAGAAAGUGCCCUACCCUGUGAAGGUCCCUUUCGAGGUGAAGGUGGAGAGGCCCUAUCCCGUGCACAUCCCCAAGCCCUUCCCUGUCUACAUCGAGAAGAAGGUGCCCUACCCCGUCGAGAAGAAAGUUCCGUAUCCCGUGAAAGUCGAGGUCAAGGUCCCUGUGCCCGUUCCUCACCCAGUUCACGUACCUAAGCCCUACCCUGUCAAGGUCCAUGUCCCCAAGCCCUACCCUGUCAAGGUCCCAGUGUACAUCGAGAAGAAAAUUCCAGUGUACGUUAAGGAACACCACCAUGAGGGACAUCAUCAUGGCGGUGACAGUUUCGAGGGUUACCCAUGAACUCAGCACAGCUCUUCAAGAACUGCGCGAUGCGCUAGUCAUUUCUUCAAGCCUCACUUUGUUGAUUUAAUCAUCGCUUUCGUCUUGUAGAUUUGCAAGUAACGUCAUGGACAUAAAUUUCACUUCAAGGUCAUAACCACUACGUCACAUUCAUCUACUUCAGAUCCACAUACAGCGCGCAAAUUACGACGCAGGAUUAUCUAAAGCAGCGUACGCACACGCGCGAGUAAUGACGAGUAACUCCACUUUCUCAUGUGUGUAUGGUUCGCCGAACCGUUCGACCGCGUUCGGGACGGAAGAAUGACGAACGUUCGUCAGCGAUGGAUGUCGGUCACCUGAGCCGAGUUCACCGCUCUGUUCCGACGUCCAGGGUGGACGUGGAGAUUCGAACACAGAAACUGUCUUUUUUUUCAGGAAUCAAGUAGCAGGGACGCGUAAACUGACAGCGCUCAGCCGCUGAACGGAUUAAUCAUUCGGCGAACUGUGUCUGUCCAGAAGUGACGACGAAUAUCCGAAAUCACGCAUGCGUAUUCGUCCUCAUCGCAGUUAUGCGUUCUCUGUACUCUGCUAAGUAGUUUGCUGGCUUUAAUUCUCAAUCUUCGCUGUAGAUCUCCUUGUAUUUCAUGUUUAUGUUUGUAAUAAAUGGAGUUUUGUUACACGAAA